CUGAUGAGCCGUGACACUACAUCCUGAAGCCUGAGCUGUGUUGAUGAUCCCUGAACGCAGCAAGAACACGCACACUCUCUGAGAGCAGCGCGGCGUUUUCUUCAAACACCAUUUCAAAAUUUGAAAGACUCGCAGCUUUAUUCCCCCUCUCUCGUCACUGAGCCACACCGCAGUCUGAAAAUGGCCACAGACGAGUUGUCGUCGAAGCUCAGCCGACGACUUCAGAUAGAAGACGGAGCCGAGGACCCUGUGGCCCUGGACCCGCCCGGACACCAGAACGGCUCCGUGGAGAAACCGAGCACCGCCAACGCAGAUUCGGAGCUGGGCGCCAAACUGUCCCGGAGAGGAGAGCUGAACGAGGGGCAGGGUGAGCACUGUCAGCCCAGCAUGAAGGUCUUCAACCCCUACACCGAGUUCAAGGAAUUCUCCCGAAAGCAGAUCAAGGACAUGGAGAAAAUGUUCAAAAUGUAUGAUUCUGGGAAAGACAACUACAUUGACCUCAUGGAGCUGAAGUUGAUGAUGGAGAAGCUUGGUGCUCCACAAACACACAUUGGCUUGAAGAAUAUGAUCAAGGAGGUGGACGAGGACCUUGACAACAAACUCAGCUUCAGAGAGUUCCUGCUGAUUUUCAGGAAGGCAGCAGCAGGAGAGCUGUCAGAGGACAGUGGCCUCUGUGUCCUUGCUCGCCUCUCUGAAAUAGAUGUCUCUACAGAGGGGGUCAAAGGAGCCAAAACCUUCUUUGAAGCUAAAGUCCAGGCCAUCAAUGAGUCCAGCCGGUUUGAAGCAGAGAUUCGCCAGGAGCAGGAGGAGAAAAAGAAGCAGGCUGAGGACCAGAAACAGAGACGAGCAGCCUUCAAAGACCUACAGUCAGCCUUCAAUUGACCACCCUUCUCUCAUCCCAGGACCUUUCACUCUUUGCUGCACUAAGUCAAUGGGUGUUUUUUAAUGCCCCAUGUAUGUAAGGCAGUGGAAGUCCUGAGUUAUUUCAAAGUCCUGUACAUGUUUAUCAAUAGUCAAAUCCAAUGGACUAGGUACAAUGAACACAUUACCACUGUCUAUGCUUAUGCAGAUAAUAUAUAGAAAAUCAAUGAUUCAUCUGUAUAUUUAACUCAAUAGCUCAGUCACGCCUUCUAAUAUUGAUAAAAGUUUAGUGCAGGAUUGUCGGUAGAGUAGUCUUUAUGAAUGGUUCUCACAGUAUCUUUUCAUUAGGCAUAGCGUCCGCAAUUUCCAAGAAUCUAUUUUUACCCAAAUAUCUACUGUGGUGCACUGUGCUGGCACUUUGGGGCUGCUGACCCAGAGGGCUUCGGCAAAACAAAACAAAUGAUUAAUUUCCAGGGUAUUAAAAUCUGGUCUCAUAGAGUUGUAAACGGGUGUGCAGUGUGUUGGCAUCUAAUAGACGUUCAAACUGUUGCUCAAAUCAGCCUGUACUAGUUUGACAGUCUCCACUGUACCUGUUACAACAAGCACACACCAACACAGCUCCCAGUACCUGCUGUGUUUGGACAGAUAGCUCUUAGAUUAAUCCUAAACUGUAGUUGAAAUGACUCAUUCCUAGUAUUUGCAUAGAGUGGUGAUGAAUGCACUUAAUGCACUGUCUUGACUACAGUGUCAGCUUGCUUAAACUAUAUUUUAUUAACUUUACUCAAGAUUUCAGUCCACAGUGACACUUUACAGUCUCAUAAUCAGCUUGCCACACAAUUGAGUUAGUGUCGCAUGUUGAAGAAAUAGCUGAGCUCGGCAAUUUAAGUGUCACCAACUUCAUUGCUGACAUUAGGGGAUGUAUUGACCGGGGAGGUGCGGAGGCUUUCACUCGGACAUUUGUGUUUACACAUAUAGCCCUUCUGGAGAAUGUCUGGAGGUUCUGGGUCUCCCGAGUUCAGUGCAUUCCUGAAAGCAGCUUGAGUAAAACGUGCAAUAACUGAAAGGAAUGAUCCAAUUUUUUUUUUAAAGUCCAAGGCGUUAGAUUUUUUUUAAACUGCUCCCACUCUAUGUUCUCUCACCUGAUUAACCUGGAGGUUUAACACACAAUAUCACAUGUGCCAUUAUAGCAGUUAGACUAGUGCCGCUUACACUGUUUUACAUUCUCAUUGUAAAAUCAUAACUAAUGUGAAAUCCUUGACCUGCAGUUGAAACCAGAAUCUUCCUAAUCACCCCCUUUUCUGUUGCCCUUACUAUGUGAAACCCUAGUUUUUUGUAAUCAGGUAAAUCAUUUAUCAAACUAAGAUGUGCGUUUUGAACUAACUUGAUAAUUUGAUGUAAGUGUCUUUAUCAAGAAUUUGGGAUUAAACUUGAUGUAAAUGUUAAAUUUAAUCCAAGAUUAAAUGUCCCUGUCUUUAAAACAUGGUGUUAAUCCUGAAGAUCGUGUGGAGGAUAGCUAAUCAGUAAAAUAACUGGUACUCUAUAUUAUCCGAUAACACGUUGCCAUUUAUUUGUAAUAUAAUCAGGGAACAGUAUGGGAUGUUUUAACAUACACUCAUCUUUAACAAAUAAAUGGUAUAAUUACACCUGUUGGCCACUAGUUGGUACACAUUUUCAAAAAAUCUAUUUUAAGUAUGCAGCCUAUGAGAACAAAUAAACAACCGAUCAGACUCGUGAUGUUUUUAAUAUUUGAAACAAACAGUUUUGUUUGUGGCUUUAACUGAAUUAGCUUCUUGUUAGUUAAUAGACCAAUGCACCUAUACUGUACAUGCAAGGGUCAUUUCCUGUCAGUAGUUUUAUAUUUAUAGCAAAUAGUAUUGAUUUUAGUGACGAAUUGUUAUGAACUGAUCAAAACGUUGUAUCCACAUUAGUGAGUCCAAGCGACGUAAUAUAAAGCUUGUGUGAUACACUUUACAUAUUAUUACACAUUGGCACCUUAUGUAUCAUAAAUAUAUAUUCUUAUGAAUGCUGUAUCUAACCGUUCAUUCAUGUAUUUCAAAUGAUUUAUAAAAACAAAGGCACAGUGUAUUUAAUGGGUAGAUGAUUUUUACAUGAUCUUCAGGAUUACCCUAGCCUGGAUGCCAGACGAAUUUAGCCCCGCCCACAACAUUUGAGGUCGGGAAGUUUGGUCUAGCAUCGCUCCGUUGGGGAGAAACUAUGCCCGAACAGAAGCUUUUCGGACCAAUCAAAUUGUCAGGGCGGGCUUUAUACGAUGAUGGACAGAUGAUCAACAGUGACGUAAUCGACCACGUCACCAAAGAGCGCUUGGGCCCCCGGUCUCUUUUCUCUGAUGUCUCAGAUGAACACGCUCCUUCAGCCUGGUCUCCUUCGUCGUCUGUCCAUUUUUUAAACAUGGAAAUGUCGCGUUCCAACCGUAUUAAGUUCUUACAGGACCGAUAGAUCCGAUAUGAUUUGUUUGAUGUGUUGUGGAGUUGUAAUCCUAAACGGAGAACUUGUACGUACAUGCAUUCACCUUACGGUUUCUCACAAAAAUACUGAUCGUGUUGAUAAGUUCUCCGUGUAUCCUUAAAUUAUUUUUACAACACCGGCAAAAAUCGUUUUUACUCAUCUUCUUCUACUUCUUCCAGCGUGCGUGCAGUUGAGCUCUGUUGACAACAAUUAUGCGUCGCUUAACAUACGUCACAUACUACGUUGCUCUGAUUGGUUGUAGGUCUAUCAGAUUGAGCGAAGAGGCAUUUUUUUCCCUUGUUCGGUUGAAACACGCCCCAUAAUCACAGCCUAAUGGAGCAGUAUCGGACUCAUAUUCUGACUAGAAUUAUGAGUAUGACAACGUCAGGCUAGGAUUACCCCAUAAUAUAAUCUAAAUCUGAGAUCUCAAAUUUUUGUAUGAUGGCAUAGAGGGAUUUCAAAUCUUUUAUAGGAGAGAUCGUUAUUUUAGCUUUUGAGCAACGUUGUAAAUGUAUUGGGAACACAUGUUUGGUUAGUAUUACAACAAAUAAUAUGCAAGAGCCUUUAGUGUAGUUAUGAUAUUCUGUUGAUGUAUGGCAGCAUUUCUCAGCACUUUGUGGCUGAAAUGUUCUUAAUACAUCAAAAGCAUAUCCGAUUUUUCUCCACUGUAUGAAAAUACGCUACCUUUUCUAGGAUGAAAAAUUUCUCCUUGUUCACUGUUUAAACAUUCUAACAAAACCCAAAUGUGGUGUUGUGUGGAGGACAGGCAAUGAGUAGUUGUAACUGUGGGUAUUGUCAGAUCUGUCAUAUGUAUCACCUGGUUUUUAUUAUUUCUAUAGUAAGGCUCAAUGUUUUGGGGUUUGAUCUGUCCCCAAAGACAUUGUUAGCUGUAAUAGAUGGGUUACUAUAUUGAUGUUUUUUUUUGUAAUAUUUCAAAAUUUUCAAAAGAGAGAAUUUCCAUUUGGUUGUUUUUGUUGUUAAAAGAAAAGCAAUGUUUAAAUACGCAAAUAUUUUAUUGAUUGAUUUCCUUAUUGAUAUUGUCAAGCCCACACUGUAUUAGUAGUGGGGGUUUCAGAGGGAACAAAAACAUUUUUUUUUUUAUUUCAUUCCACUGAACAUUCCCUCAUACUGAUAGAGAACAAUGAGUUGGAGUUGAGUACACACACUGUCAUCUACUGAAUUCUCGAAACCUUUCAUUCGGUUAUAUCCAGGAAAGUGCCAAAUGUUUAAACUACUGUAAUGGGGCUUUUCAUGCUACAGCAGCACAAAUGUGAAUGGAAAUAAAAUGACAAUGAUGAAAUAUUUGAUCUUUCUAUAUUUGGAAAACUGUUGGCAGUAUUUAGUGGUGAUCCUGUUGCUGGUACACAUCCCAUCCUACCAUUCAUGUCAUGGAUACAAUUUUAUGCUGCAGUUCUUGCAUGUUUCCACUUGGUCUGAGAGUUGCUAUAAAAGUUGAGGACUUCACUAUAAAUGAACACUCAUGUUGUUGCAGUGCCCUCCCAGCUCACUGCUGGAAAGUCGACGGAACUGUGCUGAAUAAGACAACUUCAAAAGUGAGCUGGCAAGUCUGAGUAGUCUCUGGGCUGUAUUACAUUAUCACAGACUUUUUUUUAAACUUGUACAAUUGCUUUCCCUGCUAUGGUUUGAUUUAAUUUCCAGUUUCCUUGUUUUUGUUAGUUUGUAAAGUUGUACUAUCUUGAUGACUAAUAACAAAAGAGAAUGUUCUAAUGCAGCCUAUGUUUUAAUUUCAAUAAAAUGUCUAAUGUG